AUGUCAAUUGAAGAGGAUAAUACACCAGGCUAUACAUUAAAAGACUCUUUAGCCGAUAUUAAAAGCAAUGACAGAGAUAAAAUAUUGAAGGGUGUUGUUUAUGUUAGAAAAGCAUUGUCUGUAGAAUCAAAGCCACCAAUUCAACAAACAAUUGAUUUGGGAAUGGGAACAGCUCUUAUUAGAUUAUUGGGAUCAGGAGAUCCAUCCAUUCAAUUAGAAGCAGCAUGGGCAUUAACAAAUAUUGCAUCGGGAACAAAUGCACAAUCUAAACACUUGAUUGACCUUGGUAUUAUUCCCCCAUUGGUCGAGUUAUUAAAGAGUGAACACUAUGAUGUUGUAGAUCAAGCAGUCUGGGCUUUGGGUAAUAUUGCUGGUAAUGAUGUUAGCUGCAGGAAUUUGGUAUUGCAAACAGACACUAUUAAACUCAUUUUAGAGAUUAUAACAAGAGGCCCAACUGUGAAGCUUACAAUAUUAAGAAAUAUUUGCUGGACCCUUCAAAAUUUAUGCAGAGGUAAACCACAGCCACCUUUUUCAACAGUUUCAAUUCUAAUUCCAUAUUUUGAAAGAAUCCUUAUAAAUACUGAUGAAGAUAUUUGCACUGAUGUUUGUUGGUCAAUGUCAUGGAUUUCUGAUACCACUAAUGAUAAUUUGAAUUUUAUUCUCAGUUAUGAAUCACUGGUAGAAAAGAUGAUUGAAUUCCUAUACCAUCCUAGUUUAUCAAUUCAAGUACCCGCUUUACGUUUUGUUGGUAAUAUUUUGACUGGUGACGAUAAUCAAACUCAAAAAAUAUUAAAUUAUAGGGGUGUUCUUCCACAUUUUGUUGGUUUAUUAAACCACAAAAAAAAGAAUGUUAGAAAAGAAGCUUCUUGGGCUAUUAGUAAUGCUGCCGCAGGUAACUCAAUUCAAAUUCAAGCAUUAAUCGAUUUCAAUGUAUUUCCAAGUUUAAUCUCCCUCUUAUCAAAAGAAAAAGAUAUUGAUGUUAAAAAAGAAGCAAUUUGGGCCCUUUGUAAUGGCAUUGCGGGAGGUACCACCCAGCAAAUCCUUUACUUUGUGAAUUUAAAUUCCAUCAAGCAUUUAUGCGAUCUUUUGAGGAUCGAUACUUUAGAUAAUAUUGUUAUUGGUACUAUAUUGGACAGUAUCGAUAGAAUUUUAGCAACAGGUCUUAGUGUUGCUCCUUAUGGUCCAGAUAGUAAUCCAAUGUUAUCAAUGUUUCAAGAUGCAGGUUUCUUAGAUAUUGCUUGCUAUUUAGAGAAUUUUACAGAUGAAAAUGUGGAUAAGUUUGAACUAAUAGGAGAAAAAUACUUUUUCCAAGAAGAUGAAGUAAUGGUCUUGGAUGAACUUGAAAAUUUAAAUAUAUAA